AUACCCUAAGCAAGCGGGGAGUGCGCACGCGUCCUCUUUGCCCUCCCUCCCACACCAUCCUUUCCCCCUUCCACACGAAACCAUAAAAAGUAGCCAUAUAUUCACAUUUAUCUCCCAUCCCAUUGCCUCUAUAUCCUCUCCUGAGCCACGGAAAGGGAGAGGAGGAAGAGUUCUAAGAUAAUUGAAGCAUUGAAAAUAUAGCGAGGAGGAAGCGAGAAAGAAAUUGACUAAAAUGGAAAUUGAAAUACACGUAAAUGAUAUAUAAAAAAAAAUGCGUUAGUGAUUUAUUAAGGAAAAGUAAGGAAAUAGAAAUAACGAUAAAAAACCGAGAAAGAAAAUGAAUGAAAAUGAAAAUUGUUAUGAUAAGAAAAGAAAAUGAUUGAAAGUGAAGUGUUUGGGAUUUAAUUAAUGGAAACGAAGAAAAACUGCUUAGAAGUUGAAGAAGAGAAGAAAAGAAGAAAGAAAAUGAAGGAAAGGAGACAAAAAAUAGACUCCGCCGGGCUGGUGUGCACGUGUCCCCAUGAGUCCCCGCGGCCCCCCAGCCCCGCCACUGUGUCCCCCAGCCUCCCCCAGGGGCGCGAGGACGGGGGGCGUGACCUUCCUCGGCCGCGUCACCGUCACACUUACCGCCGCAGCGUAAGCCUCGGCCAGAUCCUGCAGCGCUCCGACUCCUCAAGCAGCGACGUGUCCGGCCUCUACCACCCCGGGGGCAGCUUCCAGAGGGACGCAGGGGGGAGCCCACGCCCGAACCGACACGCCCACGCCCACGCCCACGCCCAGCCACCAUCUGAAUCCGCGGAGGGGCAGGAGCUGAGUGACUUCGAGAAGGAGAAUCUGCUCUUCGUCCGUGAACUUGAUAACAGCUAUCAUCGCCCCCUGUGCCAUAGCCUGUCCAACACCUCCCUGGGGUCCACCUUCUCCGAGGACUCGCUCACCGGCGAGUCCACUUCACGAGGGGGGAGUCCGUACCCUGGGAGACGGGAGUACCCACGGGGGGUGUUUAGUCCCCCCCGCGUGCCCCCCUCCUCCCUCCUCCGCUCCGUGUCGCGAGAGGAAGACGAGGAGGAGGAGGAGGAAGAGGAAGAGGGGGAGGCUUAUACCAUACCACGAAGAGGAGGAGGAGGAGGAGGAGGAGGAGGAGGAAGACUUGUGAAUGGUGGGUUAACUACUUCUACUACUACUACUACUUCUGCUAUCCUCCCCUCCUCCUCCUCCUACUCCUCCUUCCUCUCCUCCUCUUCUCCUCCUCCUCCUCCGCCCAGCGUGUUCAGAAGAAAAGUGUCCAUUCCAGCUCUCUCAGGGAAUAUAAGUGAUUCCUCAGUCCCCAGUACGGUCAGCGGCCACCAGGGGGCAGCGUGGUGGUCACACACGGCCCCCCACCCCCCCAUGGCCCCCCCAGCGCCCCAGGACCCCCCAAAACCAACAGCCAAUCACAGCGCACCGUUCCCUGACGUCACGAAGCCAUCAGCCAAUCGCAUCAUCUCGCUCUCUGACGUUUUAAAAUCCCCCAAUCAGCGUUCAGGGUUCCCGUACGGCGCGCAAUCCUUACCCAAUCACGAGCCGGCAUUCUCAGGGGUCGCAAAUCUCUCGCCCAAUCACAAGAGAGAAUUUGGGUACCCAGGAAAGCCCUCGUCCAAUCACAAGCCAGCGCAGUGUGACGUCAGAAUGCUGUUAGCCAAUCGCAGCCUCUCCUCGCCCGCCAAUCGGACCAAUCAAUGUGGAUCUUCGCCUCCUCCUCCUACUCCUCUUCCUCCUCCUCCGGGCGUGACCUCCUCCUCCUCCGCCUCCUCCUCCUCGUGGUUGACAACUUUUAAGGAACUGGCUGAGAGAGGUGAGUGUGACGGAAGGCUCGAUUCUGAGCCGCGGGAGAAAAACAACCUCUCAUCCACAGCAACAACCACCUCUACAACCACACCCACCACCACAUCUACCACCACCACCACACCCACCACUACCUCAACCACAACCAGCCGCUCCGCACCACCAAAAACAACCACAACCACAGGGCCAACCAACGACGCUAAAAAGGUAAACAACUCAACCAAAACCUCGACAGAAAAGCUAAAAAAGGGAAUUGAAUCAGAACUUGAGGUCACAGAAUCAGAAGAGAGAAGAAGAGGAGGAGGAGGAGGAGGAGGAGGAGGAGGAGGAAGCAGUUUGGAGAAGGAAGACCCAGGAACAGAAUCCGAGCCUAAGAAACACUACCCCAUGGCUUUCACUGUUGACAUUGGCGAUGGUAGUGGGAACAGCGAGGCGGCAGCGACGAAGAAGUUGGACAUAGCGGCUUCGAUUAGCAAGUGGGCUCCCAAGCACAGGAGGAACUUGAGCUUGACGAAGGUCGACGAACAUAAGGUGGUUGAGAAUUUCUUCGACGAAAAUGGGAACUCGAGGAACCGAAGAAGAAGCACCAUCAGCCGACUCGAUAAGGUGGAGGAGAGGAGCGCCAAGCCUCCCCUGGGUCGGCCCCGUAGUGGGACGGUCGGGGCGGCGGCGGGGCUGGCGGGGCGACGGGGCGGCUAUCACUCCGAGGGGUACUUCUCCUCCGACCAGGACGACGACAACCCAAGGAGGACAGAGCUCAAGUCCCCCCGGUCGCCCCGCACCCCCGAGCUACGGUCACCCCAGACACCCCAGCGGCUCGUGCGGUCCUCGUCUCAAGACUCCGCCAAGGGGGGCAGCCUGAGGAUGCACAGUACCCCGAGCCCCGACACCCCCAGAGGAGCCCCCGCAGCCCCCCACAGCCUCCCCGCCCUCACUCUGCACGAGUCUGCGUCUUUCCUGCUUGAGAAGAUGAUGACGACUGCCCCGGAGUCCCUGAGGAAGCACCAGGGCAGUCGCAGCGAGGGCCGGCCGUGCUGCCGUACCGAGGGGAAGAAGCCCACCCUUGCCGAGGCCACGGGGCGCAGCGGCAAGAACAAGGCCAUGGACAGGAUGAACGCAGAGUGCCGGAAACAGUCCAGCAGCGUCACCAGCCUCAGCAGCAGCCACACCUUUGAGAUGAAGCAGGACCCCGCCAAGGAAGAGAAGGAUGAUGUGAGUGAGGCGGGGACGUACACUAUCGAGAAGGACUCCUCGUCGCCGGAGGUGGAGCAGGCUCGCAGCGACAUCGACAGAGUGUUCGGCAUCAGCGGGACGGAGAGCGAGGUGGAGGGGGGGGGCCUGGGGAGCAACCAACUCACCCCCCGAGGCCCCCCGCCGCCCCCCGACGACCCCUGGGCCUCCCCCGCCGGCGCUGACCAGGACAAGUUCAAGAAACCUGGACAGAGAGAAAUGAGCCCGGGCAGCCUAAGUCGCAACAGCCCUAAUUGGAUCCAGCAAUGGGCGGCCCAGGUUGCCGAACACACCAAGACAACCUCGGAGCUGUCGAAGCCGCCGCAGAGCUCGCCGAGAGGGACGAGGGGGGCCGCCAACACCACCGCCUCCCCCAGCCCCCUCAACCCCCUCAACACCCACUCCAUCUCCCUCUCGUCGUCCCAGGAGAGCAGCGAAGCGAGGCCGAGGAGAAAGCUGCCCACACCCCCCACGGCGCCCCUGAAGGGUGGCGGUGGUGGUGGUGGUGGUGAUGGGUUGUCCGACGGGGAGUGUCCGCCGGGGAAGGGGCGGCACCAUCUCCACCACCCCAUACUGGACACCUCAACGGACGAGCGAGACAGCAGCCGGGACUUCCUUCGCCACACUGAGCGCCUUGUCACCUCCCUUCAGGCUCGUGUCGGGGCGGCGCAGACCGGGGUGGCACUCCGGGGCAGCUCCUUUGAAUCGCACGACUCAGGGGGCGACUCAGACAUCGACACAAGCACAUCCUACCCCACGCAAGAGGACGAACGCCUCUCGCACAUCGGAACGCAGCUUAAGGCUAGGCUAAGACUCGUUGGGAUUGACGGGGGUAGCAUUGGCGCGCGUACCCCCCCACAAGCCCCCAGCCCUCGACGACCCUUGGGCACCUCAGGGUCAGACACGCAGGAGGUGGUCAGAAAAGGGUUCAGAAGAGAGAGGUCAAAUGUGUCGGAUGGGGCCUACGAUGGGUAUCUCGGACGGGACGAUGGGACGGCCUCGGACAGCAGCAGUGAUGGGAGUGACGGUCUGGGCGCGGGGGGCAGUGUGGGUGCGGGCGUGGCGAAGAAGAACGUGGAGAACAACCCGCCGCUCAAGUUCAAUAGGGCGUUCAGCCUGCGUCGCGCCAGACUGGGCUGCGAUGACACCCAGACCCAGCCCGUCAAGCCGCCCUCCCCCAUAGACAAGAAGAAGGCCACCAUCAGACCCUCAAGUGCCGGGAGCCUCACAGGGGUUCGGAAACUCCCCCUGGGCCACAGCAAGAGCCAGGUGGGCGUGGGGCAGCGCGGGGUUGGCAUCAGCGGGGCGGGGCACGGACAGUCUUCGCUCCCUGCCGCCCCGAGGAGUACGAACGCCAAUGCUGAUUUUAGUCGUGGCGAUGGUGGACGGUUUAGCCUGAGGUUGCCGCGGUCUGGGUCGACUUCGGCUGUCUCCAAGUCUCCGUCACGCGCUAGCAGCAUUCAGAAGGAAGGAAGCAUCGGAGGAGGAGUAGGCGGAGGAGGCAGGCGGAGAGGCGUCGCAGCCCCUCGCUCAAACUCCACCUUGUCCGCGAAGGAGGUGGACUUUCAGAACUGGAAGCGACGGAAGAAUUACGACCCCAUGAAGGCAGCAGCGGAGGGGCGGAAGAAAGUGACUGACAAGAGGGGCGUGGAGAAGGGCGGAAGUGGAGGAGGAGGAGGAGGUGGAGGUGGUGUGGAUCGUUCUCCCAGCCCCCCCGCCUCCCUGCUGCGCUCGGCCUCCUUCCACGGCACGGAGGGCAUGGGGGCGUCCGGGGCGGGGCGCUGGCCCAGGCCCCGGCCCCACCACCUCUACCCCAGCGAGGACGAGGGGCCGUACUCACUGGAGGAGGAGGUGAGGGGACAGCAGCCCCCACCCUGUCCCCACUGCUCCCCCCUCCGCCGUUCCCCCACCUCCCCCCACCAGCUGUGUUCCCCCCACACCACGUCCCCCGCCCACCAGCCCAACUCCCUCACCUCUGUCGCCCGGGCCCGACGCUCCUCCUACGCCAUGUCGGACGAUGGGGAGGGUCAAGUCACAUCGCCCACUCGGAAGACCUCGCUGGAUGAGUCGGGCAGCGAGGGCAAGCGCUCACCCAUCAGCAGCACCCGCGGCCUGGUGUCCUCCCGCUCCAAGGCCAAGAUGGAGGCGCUGGACAACCUGGUCAUCUCCACCAUUCACUCUCUGUCCGUCAAAGUGCGCACCACCUCCGAGACUCUCCUGCAGAAGUUGAAGUCACAGUACGAUGAGGAGGGCGACAGGGCAGCCCUAUUAGAGGAAGUCCUGGCCCACCUGAGCGAGAGUGACCAGCUGACAGGGGGUGGCGGUGGCGGCCGGUCCACCUCUCGGGAGCUGGCGGGGAUCUUGCGGAACCUGAAGAAGAUUGAACACGCUCUUGAAGUAAUUGACCGAGUGAUGAUUUGCGUUGAUGAUGAUGAUGAUGACGAUGAUGACGAAGGGAGGGGGGGGAGAGGAGGGGGUGCGGACUGGGGGGAGAGUGACUACUAACCCCCCCUCCCCCCCCUUCCCGCCAACCCCCCUUCCCUUCCCUUCCCUUCUUCCCUUCUUCGUUGUUGAAAAAUGGGAGAUGUGAGAAAUUGAAGAAGAAGAAGAAGGAAUAGAAGAGGAAGAAGAAGAAAUAGAAGAGGAAGAAGAAGAAGAAGAAAUAGAAGAGGAAGAAGAAGAAGAAGAAAUAGUAGAGGAAAAAGAAGAAGAUAAAAUAGAAGAGGAAGAAGAAGAGAAAUAGAAGAGGAAAAAGAAGAAGAAAAAAUAGAAGAGGAAGAAGAAGAAAAAUAGAAGAAGAAGAAGAAGAAGAAGAAAUAGAAGAGGAAAAAGAAGAAAAAAAAUAGAAGAGGAAGAUGAGAAAGAAGAAACAGAAGAGGAAAAAAUAAAAAAUAAAAGAGGAAGAAGAAGAGGAAGAAAUAGAAAGAGAAGAAGAAUAAGAUGAAGAAAAAUAGGAAAGAAGAAAGAAAAAUAAAAUAAAAUUGAUAGAGGAAGAAAAAUGGAAGCAAAUAAAGAAGAAAAGGAAGAAAUUAAGUAGAUAAAGAAAAAUGAUGAUGAUGAUUGUGAAUAUGUAGGAAGGGUAAAAUUAAUAUAAGGAAGAAGAAAAAUUAACAGGAAGAAAUUAGAAGAAAGAAAACGGAGAUAGACGGAAAAGAUAAAUAAUGGGAGACUUAAAUAUUAACGAAUGACCAACAAAAAGAAAGAUAUUGAAAAAGAAAACGAAGAUAAAGAAAAAAAGAAGAUAUGACAAAAAACGAACCAGAAAAAGCAACAAAGAGAAUAAAAUAAAAUAAAACUACAUCAAAUAAACAAUAAACAUGAAAAAAAAACUUACAACUUGAACUCAACCAAAUGAAAACAUAAUAUUAAUAAAAAAAAAUUAAAAAAAUGAAAUAGGAGGUGCUAUUCUAAAUGUUACUCUGUGUGUGUGUGUGUGUGUGUGUGUGUGUGUGUGUGUGUGUGU